GAGGAGAGGAGCCUCUGCCCUGAGUUCCUCCAUUCAAUGGACAUACCUGUCGCCUGCAUUAACAUUUACCUGCACCAGUAAACAAAGAGCCAGCCGGGUUGUUGCUCUGCUCGUGUUUUUAGCGCCUUGACGGUUAAACUAGCUGCUGACUUCUAAACGAUCAUGGAGACUCAUGGGAACUCGAAUAAGAAACAGAAGCUAAGUAACACCAUUGAGAACUGGGGAAUGCAACGUGCAACCAACGUCACCUACCAAGCUCACCAUGUAAGCCGAAACAAGCGCGGACAGGUUGUGGGCACACGAGGAGGGUUCAGAGGAUGCACCGUCUGGCUGACUGGUCUGUCUGGUGCAGGGAAGACCACGGUGAGCAUGGCUCUGGAAGAGUACCUCGUUUGCCACGGUAUCCCCUGUUACACUCUGGAUGGGGACAAUAUCCGCCAGGGGCUGAACAAAAAUCUGGGUUUCAGCCCAGAGGACCGUGAAGAGAACAUCAGACGUAUCACUGAGGUGGCGCGGCUUUUUGCAGAUGCAGGUCUGGUGUGCAUCGCCAGCUUUAUUUCCCCCUACAGCAGGGAUCGGCUGAAUGCCAGGAAGAUCCACGAGGCGGCAGGAUUGCCGUUCUUUGAGGUUUUUGUUGACGCUCCACUGGACGUCUGUGAGCAGAGGGACGUGAAGGGGCUGUACAAGAAGGCCAGAGCAGGGGAGAUAAGAGGAUUCACUGGCAUCGACUCGGAGUAUGAGAAGCCGGAAGCUCCGGAGCUGGUGCUGAAGACCGACUCGUGCAACGUGAACGAGUGCAUUCAGCAGCUGGUCGACCUGCUCCAGGAGCGGGAUAUCGUUCCUGUUGAUGCCUCCUAUGAAGUGAAAGAGCUCUAUGUUCAGGAGAAUAAACUGGACCUGGCUAAGGCGGACGCAGAGACUCUUCCUGCAGUUCAGAUCGGAAAGCUGGACAUGCAGUGGGUGCAGGUGCUGGCUGAAGGCUGGGCCACGCCUUUGAAUGGCUUUAUGAGAGAGAGGGAGUAUCUGCAGUGUCUUCACUUUGACUGCCUGCUGGACGGUGGUGUGAUUAACCUUUCAGUGCCCGUAGUGCUGCCGGUGUCAACAGCAGAUAAAGAGCGUCUGGACGGCGUGACAGCCAUGGCGCUGGUCUACGAGGGCAGACGAGUGGCUAUCCUUCGUAACCCGGAGUUUUACGAGCACAGAAAGGAGGAGCGCUGUGCUCGGCAGUGGGGCACCACCUGCAAAGACCACCCGUACAUCAAGAUGGUGAUGGAAAGUGGUGACUGGCUGGUUGGUGGAGACCUGCAGGUUCUAGACAGGAUCUACUGGAGUGACGGUCUGGACCAGUACCGACUGACACCCAAUGAGCUCAAACAGAAGUUUAAAGAAAUGAACGCUGAUGCAGUGUUCGCCUUUCAGCUCCGUAACCCAGUCCAUAAUGGCCACGCCCUCCUGAUGCAGGACACCCACAAACGGCUCAUCGAGCGAGGUUACCGCCGGCCCGUCCUGCUGCUCCAUCCGCUGGGAGGCUGGACCAAAGACGACGACGUUCCGCUCCCGUGGAGGAUGAAGCAGCACGCUGCUGUGCUAGAAGAGCGUGUGCUGGAUCCAGAUUCAACUAUUGUUGCAAUUUUUCCGUCUCCCAUGAUGUAUGCGGGACCAACUGAGGUGCAGUGGCAUUGUCGAGCACGUAUGGUGGCCGGUGCCAAUUUCUACAUUGUGGGUCGAGAUCCAGCCGGCGUGCCCCACCCUGCCACAGGGAAAGACCUGUAUGAGCCCUCUCACGGAGCCAAGGUCCUCACCAUGGCUCCGGGCCUCGUCUCCCUGGAGAUCGUUCCCUUCAAGGUCGCUGCUUACAACAAAGUCAAAGGAGCCAUGGACUUUUACGAGCCUAAGAACCAUCAGGAUUAUGAUUUCAUCUCGGGCACACGCAUGCGGAGGAUGGCUCGCGAGGGAGAGAACCCCCCCGACGGCUUCAUGGCCUCAAAAGCUUGGGCCGUUCUGAAGGAGUACUACCAAUCCCUGGAGAAGGCCUAACUGGAAAGCGUCAGCUUUGAACAGAGAAAUGGGAACACAGGAUUACUUGCUAUGUAAAAUGUGGAACGUAGGGACCACUCGGUUUUAUGAAAAACCUCACGCUGGCUUCUAUUCGUUUCACUUCCUGUCAUGAAAUCUGCUUUUAGCCAUGUUACAUUUGUGUUUUUUAUCUGCGUGUAGUUUAUGUAAUCGUACUCACCCUGUCACUGUAGGAGAGGUCAGCAUACUGUCCAGAUGAACGUUUUAAAAGAAUAUGUUUGUGUUUCUCACUACUUUUACAGCUGUAAAUUCAGAUUAAUGCAACCUAAAGUAGAUUAUCUGUAAAUCUAAUGAUCGCGGUGGCCUGAAAUGUUCUGCUUGGUGCGUACUGUUGAUCGGUACCUGAAUAUGUUUUGUGCAUUUGUGAUGUGCAAAUCAAGGAAGAGUCGAUGCACCCGCUGGGCCUCACUUUAUGCUCAUCAGAGCCACAGUCGAGCUGGUCUGUACUGGAUGCAUGCAGGAAGCUGCAACAGUUACACAAACUGUUGCUGUGCACGGGGAAAAGUUGAGUGCCUUCGUCCUUACAAACAUAAUUCACACAAUGGAAUAGGAUUCUGUCUGAUUAGUUGUAUUGUUACACCGAAGAACUAAGUGAACAAAUGUAAUUCUUCUUUUAAACUUUUAGAACAUCUCAGUAUUUUCUUUUCACUGUAUUUAUUCUGCUCACGUCUCAUUUUAACCAUGUUAAAACCAUUUAGUUGGCGAAUUUUUAGUUUCUUUCCUACAUCCAGUUGCCAAUAUUUUCCUUGUGAUAACUCAUUUUAAAGGUCUGGCUGUUGAAUCAGACGGUUGAGAUCAGAUUUAUCUUCAAUGUCCAAUAAACCAUUUCUAGAAAAAAGCA